AUGUCGGUCCGAGUUCUCGGGGUGCUGUCUCAAUGCUUGUACAUUUUUGAACUCACGAUUGCACGUAUUGCAAUAGGACAUCUUAGCCCUGCCACGAAGGCCAUCCAUCCGACGACCACCAACGACUUGGACGUUAUUAUUAUCCUUCGCAAUUCGGGCGCGCCGUUUACGGAAGCCGCUACUGAAGAUCCCUUCACCUUCGCGGCAGGUCCCAUUAGGUAUGAAUUACAGUCGACUGGCGGACCUGGCAAGAAGAACAAGAAAAAGAACAAGAAAAAGGAAAAAGGGCCAACUAGAGACGCUGCUAUCGAGCAAAUCACUGCUACCGAGGAAGCCCUUGCCAUUAAGGAGGCCACGACUGAAGAAGUUGUCACCAUCGAGGAAGCCUCACCAGAAGCCCCUGCCGAGGAGGCCCUAACCAUCGUUACAGGAGAGCCUGCCACCGAAGCGGAAUCCGUUGUUGAUGCUGAACUCGUGGCGGAACUAGAUAAUUUGCAGGGAGGUCGCUCCGAGGAGCAAGAAGACGGCCGACAUUUCUCGGACGUAUCGGGAAUGCAACUGCAAGUUUCAUCGAGGCACCUGAUCCUGGUAUCUCGCUACUUUCAGGGUGCCCUAAACGGUCCCUGGAAAGAAGCGACGUCCGUCUCAGCCGACCGCUCCCGUCACGUAUUUGCUGCCGACUAG